AUGAGACCCAGCUCUGAUGAUGUCCAUCAUAUGAUGAAAGAAAGUUCAGCCCGUUUUCACCAGAAAUUAGGAAGUUAUCGUAGACUGCGUCAACCCGAACGUCGUAUAAAAGCCAAACGCCUGCAGUACAAUGCGAUUCAGCCGUCCACAUAUGUUCGUAGCUUGGUGUGGAUAAUGGCAACACUUACUGAUGAUGCCGACUCCGGUGCCGGCGAAACGCCUGAGAAUGUACCAAAUCCACUGUCUAAUGCUGGGUAUUAUGAUGACUUCUAG